AUGUACUGGAAAUCAAAUGCAAAGACAGAACUUGGAUUUUAUGGAUUAAAUAAUAAGAAAACUUGUCUAAGUGACACUGAAAUAAAUAUAUCUAUUUCAGAAGCAUUUGCUGAGACAGGUGAUAAUGACAAUGAAAGUGAAGGUGAAGGUGAGACUUCCUUUUUCAUAAAUAGUGAAACAAUACCUGAAGAUAAUUGUAUUGUUUUGAUUGAAAAUGUAUGGAUUGAAAAAUUUGUGGAUCUGUUGCAUGAUUUAAUAAUCAAGGAAAUUGGCAAUAUCUCAGAAGAUGUAUUAGAUGAUUAUGACAAUAGUGAUAUUGAUGAAUAUGAAAAUGUCAAUAUGACCAAUGAGGGUGGAAAAAGGAUUUUAGAUUACAAUAUAGAUGACUUAUUAGGUGAAUUUCUUAGUGAAGAGGUGUAA